AUGAAGUUCUCCAAAACGUUGACUGCACUUGCCACCUUGGUGGCCACUGCUAUAGCAGACGGCGCAGCAAUUGUCGACGCCCUGGAACAGAUUCAAUCGGAUGCUACAGCUCUCAAUGAUACAGUGGAUUCUUGGUCUGGUGACUUGCUCGGCGCAUUACCGAUCACGACCAAGUCAACCAGUCUCUUGAUUCAUAUCAACAAAGGGACAGAAACGGCCAAACACUCUGCAAAUCUCACAGACCUUGAAACCUUUAACGUGGCCGUCACCACGCUCAACUUGGUCACAGCCACGAACUCAACUCUGGAUACGAUUGUGGCCUCCAAACCAAAGUUCGACAAGUUGCUGCUCAGUCCAGUCAUUCUCUUGACCUUGAAGUCACAAAAGGAUGCGAGCGCACAGCUUAGUUCAGCCAUAGCCGAGAAGGUACCAUUGACUUUCCAAGGUGCAGCAGAGCAAUUAGCAGCGCAGUUGGACGCGGCUUUUGAGGAAGCUCUUGAUGCCUACUCUUUUUUCUAA